UUCGUCGUCGCUGGCGUGAACGGCUGUGUUUUGGCUUGCUUUCUGUCAGGAGGUUCUGGCGGCCUCCUUGAUGGUGUUUGGAGGCUAUGGAAUGAUCUGAAACAAUAAUAUACCCACCACAGGUGCCAUGGCAGCUCACUGGAAGAGGCUACUAGUGAUACUGCUUGCUUCUCAAGGACUUUUAAUGGCAAGUGCUUAUAAUGAAGAAGAGGAUGUACCUGAAGAAUGGCUUCUUCUUCAUGUGGUUCAAGGUCAGAUUGGUGCUGGCAAUUAUAGUUACUUGAGAUUAAAUCAUGAAGGGAAAAUAGUGCUUCAGAUGCACAGUUUAAAGGGUGAUGCAGACCUGUAUGUAUCUGAUCGGACACUUCAUCCCAGUUUUGAUGAUUAUGAAUUACAAUCUGUAACUUGUGGCCAAGAUGUGGUUCAUGUGCCAGAACACUUCCACCGCCCAGUAGGAAUUGGGAUUUAUGGUCAUCCGUCUCACCUGGAAAGUGAAUUUGAAAUGAAAGUAUACUACGAUCAGUCAGUUGUCAAGUAUCCAUUGGAUGCAGGUUCCUACAAUCCAGAAGACUUGGAGGUUACCCUGAAGCAGUUUCAUUCAUCAGAAGAUGAGUCUCAGGAUGAAGAAUCAGUCAUCUUUACUAUAAUUCUUGCAAUACUAAAAGUAAUAAUAGAAAUCCUUUUUUGACUAAGCUAAUUACGUGCAGUCAUCAUCUCUGGAUUCAAAUAAACACUUUUCUGUGAGCAUUAGUACUAACACUUUCUAUGCUGAGGAUGGGAAAAUAAAGCCAUAUUAACUUUUUAAAUUGUAAAUGUCUUCUGAAAUACACUGUAGCCUACACAGUAUUUGUACAGAUUUCUUGUAACUGAGCAGUGUUGAAUAUGAAACUUACAGUUCACUGUGACUUGGAAUAAAAUUUAUUUUCUAUAUA